GAGCGCGCGGUGAGUCACGGGGAGCUGGCCUCGCUUGCUCGCUCGCCCGCCCGAUCCCAGCUCCCGCCCACCCUCGCCUCCCGCCGGCUGCCGGGGACCCCGGCUCUGCCCGCGCCGCCGGUCUGUAGCGCGCGCCCGCGGAGCCCGAGCGCAGCCCCCAGGUCUCUCCUGAGGUGCCCCUGACCGUCCCCGCCCACCCCACCCGGACCCCGGCAAUGCUAACCGCUGUCUGCGGCUCUCUGGGCAGCCAGCACCCGGACGCGCCUCACGCCUCCCCGCCGCGCCUCGACCUGCAGCCGCUGCAGACGUACCAAGGCCACACGAGCCCGGAGGCCGGGGACUACCCCUCCCCGCUGCAGCCGGCCGAGCUGCAGAGCCUCCCGCUGGGCCCGGAGGUGGACUUCUCCCAGGGCUAUGAGCUGCCGGGGGCCUCCUCACGGGUGACCUGCGAGGACCUGGAAAGCGACAGUCCCUUGACCCCGGGACCCUUUUCCAAGCUCCUGCAGCCGGACAUGUCGCACCAUUACGAAUCGUGGUUCCGGCCGACCCACCCGGGCGCGGAGGACGGCUCGUGGUGGGACCUGCAUCCGGGCACCAGCUGGAUGGACCUCCCCCACACCCAGGGCGCGCUCGCCUCGCCCGGCCACCCGGGGGCGCUCCAGGCUGGCUUGGGGGGCUACGUCGGCGACCACCAGCUCUGCGCCCCGCCGCCGCACCCGCACCCGCACCCGCACCACCUCCUCCCGGCCGCCGGGGGGCAGCACCUCCUGGGGCCGCCCGACGGAGCCAAGGCCCUGGAAGCGGCCGCGUCCGAGUCCCAAGGGCUGGAUUCCAGUCUGGACCCGGCGGCCCGACCCAAGGGCUCCCGGCGAUCGGUGCCCCGCAGCUCGGGCCAGACCGUGUGUCGCUGCCCCAACUGCAUGGAGGCCGAGCGGCUGGGGGCCCCGUGCGGGCCCGACGGGAGCAAGAAGAAGCAUUUGCACAACUGCCACAUCCCCGGCUGCGGGAAAGCCUACGCCAAGACGUCGCACCUGAAGGCGCACCUGCGCUGGCACAGCGGCGACCGUCCCUUCGUGUGCAACUGGCUCUUCUGCGGCAAGCGCUUCACGCGCUCCGACGAGCUGCAGCGCCACCUCCAGACGCACACGGGCACCAAGAAGUUCCCCUGCGCCGUGUGCAGCCGCGUCUUCAUGCGCAGCGACCACCUGGCCAAGCACAUGAAGACGCACGAGGGCGCCAAGGAGGAGGCGGCCGGGGCGGGCCCGGGCGAGGCCAAGGCCGGGGGCGCGGUGGAGCCGCCCGGGGGCAAAGGCAAGCGGGAGGCCGAGGGCAGCGCGGCGCCCUCCAACUGAGCCGCCCCUGGGGGCCGCCUCCCCGCGGGCUCCGUGGGGGCGCCGGGGGGACCGGCUGGAGUAAGGGGGAGGUGGUUAUUUAUUGGGCGGGGGCGGGGCGGGGGCCGGGCGCCAGGGGUGAGCGUUGGGAGCGCGCGGGACGGGGCUGCCCAGCCCCUCCGUCCUUCCGGGGGGCUGGGAUGCGGCACCCCCGCCCGCGCCUGCGGGUGGCGGGGCCGGCGGGAGAGAGGACGGCGCGUCCCCGAGCUGAGUGGGGCCGGCCGGGGCGCUGGGGUAGCUGUCUGGACACGUCCCCAAGCGCCUGGGAACCCCGACUUAAAAGCGCCUGCGGAGCCGCCCUGCGGCCUGGCGGCUUUCAUCCUCUCCCCGAGCUCCCGCCCCUGGGUUUCCGGAGGGAGAGCUGGGCGGCCGGGGGUCCCCUUGCCUGGGUCCCCUUAGUAGGGGUGGCUCUAGCUUGGGAGGCUGUGGAUGUAGAAGUAGGUCUUUUGACGUCGCCUCCCCGUUGAUCCUUCCGGAUCCUUCUGGUGGAGCCCCGUAGGAAGAGGGGCCAGUUUUCCAGCCAGAACGGUGGGUGCAGGACGGAGAGGCGGCGCGGCGGGUGGGGUGAGCCGGAGGCCCCCUUCUUAAAGAAAAAAAAAAAAAAAAAAAAACGGGAGAAAGAGAUUUGGAAGGGAAAUGGAAGGAACGAACCCCUUCCUCCACCCACUCUGAUUCAGUGCUUCACUUUGGUCUUUUAAAAAAGUCAGAUUCCCUUGCCCCACCUGUGCCCUAGGUCGGUGAUUAGGGCUCUAGAAUUGAUGUCGUUCCUUACAGUGGGGCCCAUGCGCUACCUUCCCCUUGGGGAGGGGUCGCUGGGCCUAGAGGGCCUGGACCUGGGUCUCAGCAGGGGGUUCCCAGCUACUCCCCAUUCCUAGCGAGGACCCCUGCCCGGCCUCUCCUGCUGCCCGCAAGCUAAACCCGGGUCUCCGGCCUGACACUUCCGGGUGCCUGGCCCCUGCUGUGGGUCCGCCCGCCCCUUCUGUAUGAAGGACUUGACCUCCCCCGGGGAAGGGAUUCAGGAAGCUGCCCCGUCCCUCCGCGGCCCUUUAGAUUCUAGAAAUAUAUAUGGAUUCUGAGCGGGGACGGGACGGGGAGGGGAGAAGCCCGGCGGAGGCUGGGCCAGGCAGAGGGGAGAGAAGAGGAACCAGGGAGGGUCUGGCAGACCAGGGGCCCCUGGAGCUGGGGACACCCCCAGGCCUGAGGCGCAGGCCUGUCAUCCCUCUGACCUUCCAGUCUCCUGUUCCCCUGCGCCCAGAGCCCUCUGCAGGGAUUAGCUUGUAUUGAUUUUUAAGUUAUAAGCAAAGGGUAUUUUAUUUAAUAUUAGGACGUGUGAGUGAGUGUGUGUGUGUGUGUGUUUCUCUACUGAGCCUGGGGUCGCCUGAGACCCCAUCUUGUCCACCCUGUCCAAGGUCUGGGGGUGCUGGAGCCCGGUCCACGGACUGGGAGCUCGAAGGGAAGCAGGGGCUGGAGUGGGGUGGAAUUCGUGUGCAAAGGGCUCCUUGGAAGGGCAGGUGGCGUUCCCUGGGAUGGGGCCUGGGGUAGUGUGAGGAGUUAGCUUCUUUCUUUGUGCUCCCUCUUUUUUCCCAGCUCCUGCUAAUCCAGCCCGGGGUCUCCUUCCCGGCGGGAGGACGGGCAGGAGGGAGAGUGCAGGCUGCCGGCCAGCGGAGGGGAGAGAGGAGGGCGCCGUGGGUGUGGGCUGCCUUUGUCCUCCACCCAUCGAAACCGCCGCCCCCUGCCUGUGCCACCACCUCGGCCUUUUCAGUGACCGUUCUGAGGGGAACGUGCAGAGGGGUGUCGGCGGCGGGGGGCACGGGUAUUCCCCUUCCUGGAGCCCUGCGCCCUAAGGUUUGCAGGCAGGGGCUUUGGAUAGGUUUUCUUUCUUCUCCCUUGUCUUCUAGAUCUAGGUUUCUCGGCUGCUUGCCCUUCUAGGCGGCCCCCCUAGAGGAAAAUGUAGGAUUUUUGUUCUUUGCUGUGAACCCACUUUGCGGGGAGGAGGAGGAAGCGGCAGCCUGUGUUUUUUAUGCAACAAUAAAGUCAUCAGCAGCA